GUGGGGGGAACGGCAUGGGUCUGUAGGUGAGGAUCAAUCUCAAUCUGAGUCCCAGCACUAAAGACUUACAAAUAAAUCCCGAUUUAGGCAAACCGAGACUUUAUUUGGAAAGGAUUAUUGCAACAGAGGGGGAAAGGACUAUUGCAAUAAGGGUGGAGAACUAUUGCAAUAGGAAGAAAGAAGGACUGUUGCAAUCGGGAGAAUGCUGGACUAUAAAAUAAAAAACAAAUCUGGAUAUACGUAAGGAGAGAGUUCAGUGGAAGAGAUCCAAGAAAAGGGAAAGAAACUAUUGCAACUGAGAGUGGGGAUUGGGGGAGGCUACCGCAACCGGGAGAACUCUCCAACCAAGAGAUCUGCAGCGAUCUCCUGGGUCAGGCAGAAAAGGGCUUUCCUUUUACAGAGAUGAGUGAACAGGGCUAGAAAGACCCGGGUGUGGGGAAGUGGGGAGAAGAAUGGAGGUGGCAGCGGUGAGACCACACAGAUACUGUUUCCUUGGGGUCCGUCUAUUUUCAGGCGGUGGAUGAGGAGGGCUGCUCGCUGGCUGCGGCUGAGGCUCGGUCACCGUGUAGAGAGGCCCAGGGAGAGCUGCUUCACUCAAGUCCUGUCAAGACAAGGCAGCCGGAAUUUGUCCACAUCGUGAGUACAGGCAGUAAGGUGAAAGAGAAUGAAAGACGUAGAUAACCUCAAAAGUAUAAAAGAAUGGGUUUGUGAAACAGGAUCUGAUAAUCAACCUCUUGAUAAUAAUCAACAAUCAAAUUGUGAAUAUUUUGUUGAUAGCCUUUUUGAGGAAGCUCAGAAGGUUAGUUCCAAAUGCGUGUCUCCUGCUGAACAGAAGAAACAGGUAGAUGUAAAUAUAAAAUUAUGGAAAAACGGAUUCACCGUCAAUGACGAUUUCAGAAGUUAUUCCGAUGGUGCCAGUCAGCAGUUUUUGAACUCCAUCAAAAAGGGGGAAUUACCUUCAGAAUUACAGGGAAUUUUUGAUAAAGAAGAGGUGGACGUUAAAGUUGAAGACAAGAAAAAUGAAAUAUGUUUGUCUACGAAGCCUGUGUUCCAGCCCUUUUCAGGACAGGGUCACAGACUAGGAAGUGCCACACCAAAAAUUGUUUCUAAAACAAAGAAUAUUGAAGUUGAAAAUAAAAAUAAUUUGUCUGCUGUUCCACUGAACAACUUGGAACCCGUUACUAAUAUACAGAUCUGGUUGGCGAAUGGAAAAAGGAUUGUCCAGAAAUUUAACAUUUCUCAUAGAGUAAGCCAUAUCAAAGACUUCAUUGAAAAAUACCAAGGAUCUCAAAGAAGUCCUCCAUUUUCCCUGGCAACAGCUCUUCCUGUCCUCAGGUUGCUAGAUGAGACACUCACACUGGAAGAAGCAGAUUUACAGAAUGCUGUCAUCAUUCAGAGACUCCAAAAAACUGCUGCAUCUUUUAGAGAACUUUCAGAGCACUGAUUUUUGAUAGACUAAGUGGAAAAUUUGCAGAGAAAUGAUGGUUGUAAGUGGACAUACAAACCAAAAUUGGGGAUUGGAGAAGUCAGACUCACUAGACUUUUGGUUCGAGUACUAUUGAACUCUCUCCUGAUGAGAAGAUGUUUAGAUAAGUACAAGUUAGGAAAGUAGCAUAUGACUGGAAACUAUAUUCAGUGCACUUUCUCCAAAAGACUACCCAGAAAAAUAGACUUAUUUUCAAAUACCAGUUAUCAAGAUAUAUUAAAUAGCUGUAUUAUUUAGAAUCUUAAUAUGGUAUAAAUUAGCAAAUGUAUUCACAAUAUUCAUUCAAACAUCAUUCCCAGACAGCAGGGAUUUAUUUAAAUGUUAGCUGUCUCAGAGUUUUUAAAUAGCUAAUACGACCAGGUACAGCGGUUCAUGUCUGUAAUCCCAGCACUUUGGGAGGCCGAGACAGGCAGAUCACGAGGUCAACAGAUUGAGACCAUCCUGGCAAACAUGGUGAAACCCCAUCUCUAGUAAAAAUACAAAAAUUAGCUGGGCAUGGUGGUGCGCACCUGUAGUCCCAGCUACUCGGGAGGCUGAGGCAGGAGAAUCGCUUGAACCUGGGAGGUGUAGGUUGCAGUGAGCUGAGUUUGAGCAACUGCACUCCAGCUUGGUGACAGAGCAAGACCCCCUCUCAAAAAUAAAUAAAAUAAAAUAAAAUAAAUAUAAAUAAUUGUGGCCGGGUGCAAUAGCUCAUGCCUGUAAUCCCAACACUUUGGGAGGCUGAGAUGGGAGGAUCACUUGAAGCCAGGAGUUUAAAACCAGAAUGGUCAACAGAGUGAGACCCCUGUCUAUAUAUUUUUUUAAUUAAAAAAAUAAAAGAAUAAAAUUGUGUAGCUUAGUAUAGUAUCAAGAUUAAUCUGCCUACUCACAUUUCUACACUAUAAAAAUGUAAUAAAAGAAAAUUCUCUUUCUAGAAAGCCUAUUCCUUUUCCAUUUUAUUUUCUUUCAAAAAUUACGGAUUUGUUUUUGGCUAACAUUUGGAAUUAGCCAUUCAUUUGCCACCACUCACUUAGAAUAUAAUGCCUGUGUGUGUCACAUUACUAGUAUUUUUUAAAUGCAUCAUAUAAAGUAUGGUUUUCUGUUUCUUUUUUGUUUGUUUGUUUGGGACAGAGUUUUGCUCUUGUUGCCCAGGCUGGAGUGCAGUGGUGCAAUCUCAGCUCACCACAACCUCUGCCUCCCGGGUUCAAGCGAUUCUCCUGCCUCAGCCUCCCCAAGUAGCUGGGAUUACAGGCAUGCGCCACCACGCUUGGCUAAUUUUGUAUAGUAGACACGUGGUUUCACCAUGUUGGUCAGGCUGGUCUCGAACUCCUGACCUCAGGGGAUCUGCCCGCCUUGGCCUCCCAAAGUUCUGGGAUUACAAGUAUGAGCCACCGUGCCCAGCUGGUUUUCUGUUUCAUACAUCAGCAUCAACUUGUGAAUACAUUUAAAGAUUAUUUCAUUUUGAUAUCACAAAGAUAAACAGGCUUUAUAUCUUAGACUUUUAACUAAAUCCAGUUAGACCUCAAUUUUUCACUGUCAGAUUAAAUCCCCAUACCUGAAAAUAAGUUUAACAUUUUUUUUUGCAAAUGAUCUAUUGAAUCAGAUUUAAAAUAAAGCAUGCAUUGAGUGUGCCAAGGAACUAAGUGGUCCAUAGCAGCAGUAAUGUUCAUAGGGUGCGAGAUGCAUGCUAUGAAUCAGCAAUUCUCAAACAUUUUUAUCUCAAGACCAUUUGUUUAUGUGAGCUAUAUAUAUUAUUAUAUUAAAUAUUAAAUUUUUAAAAUAUUUAUUUAUGGGCUGGGCACGGUGGCUCACGCCUGUAAUCCCAGCACUUUGGGAGGCUGAGGCAGGCAGAUCACAAGGUCAGGUGAUUGAGACCAUCCUGUCCAACAUGGUGAAUCCCUGUCUCUACUAAAAAUACAAAAAAAAAAAUUAGCUGGGUGUGGUGGCAUGCGCUUCUAGUCCCAGCUACGUGGGAGGCUGAGGCAGGAGAAUCGCUUGAACCCGGGAGGCAGAGGUUUCAGUGAGCUGAGAUUGCGCCACUGCACUCCAGCCUGGUGACGGAGCGAGACUCUGUCUCAAAAAAAAAAUUAUUCACUUAAAAAUAACUUCUGGCUGAACAUGGUGUCUCACGCCUGUAAUCCAAGCACUUUGGGAGGCCAAGACAGGUGGAUCACUUGAGUCCAGGAGUUUGAGACCAGCCUGGGCAAUAAGGCAAAACCCAUCUAUAAAAAUUACAAAAAUUAGUAUGGUGGCUCACACCUGUAAUCCCAGCACUUUGGGACACUAAAGCAGGCAGAUCACCUGAGGUCAGGAGUUCGAGACCAGCCUGGUCAAUGUGGUGAAACCAUGUCUGUACUAAAAAUACAAAAAUUAGCCAGGUGUGGUGGCACAUGCCUGUAAUCUCAGCUACUAGGGAGGCUGAGGGAGGAGAAUUGCUUGAACUCAGGAGGCAGAGGUUGCAGUGAGCUGAGACUGCGCCACUGCACUCUAGCUUAGGCAACAGAGUAAGACCCUGCCAUAAUAAUAACUUUUUUUUUUUUUGAGAUAGAGUUCUGCUCUUUCCCCCAGACUAGAGUGCAAUGGCGCUAUCUCGGCUCACUGCAACUUGCGCCCCCCGGGUUCAAGUGAUUCUUCUGCCUCAGCCUCCCAAGUAGCUGGGAUUAUAGGCGCCCACUACCACGCCUGGCUAAUUUUUGUAUUUUUAGUAGAGACGGGGUUUCGCCAUGUUGGACUGGCUGGCCUCCAACUCCUAACUUCAGGUGAUCCGCCCGCCUUGGCCUCCCAAAGUGCUAGGAUUAUAGGCGUGAGCCACUGUGCCCAGCCAAUAAUAACUUAUAAAACAUGAAACAAUUUAGUGAGAAAAGCAGCCGGUUUUUUAGGGGGAAUUACUUUCUGUCAUAAAGAAGAUAGAUGGGUUCUCAUGUCUUUUACAUUCAGUCUGUUGUGCAGUCACAUGUCAUGUAGACUCUGGAAAAGAUGUCUGUACACUGGUGAAAGAAUGAAAAGAAGCAAAUAAUGCCUUAGUAUGAUUAUGAAAAACGUUUUGACUUCACAGCGCCCUCAAUGGGUCUCGGGAAUCUCCAGGGAUCCCUCAGGCACACUUUGAGAACCAAUCUAUGUAAAGUGGUGGUUCACAAUGAUUCUCAAGCCUUAGUUUCAGAAUCAUUUGGGGCAGCUUUUCAAAAAUGCCAUUCCUGCCACCUACCGCAAAGAUUCUGAUUCAUUGUAUCUGUGAUGGGUCUCAGAUCUCUGCAUUUUUAAUCUCACUGAUUCUUAAGUAUGUGGUAGAAGUACCUUUCUUCAGGAAAUUCUGUCCUAAGCUUUUACCCUGAGAAAAUAAAACCUGCAUGCUUUCACUAUGGACAGUGGGAGACUCCACUGAAACAGAUCUGCUAGGCCACUAAGUUUAUCCUUGUCACCCAGUUUGCUCUUGGAAAGAGUCUGUUCCCUUUUGUCACUGAACCAAUCAUGACAUAAACUUGUGCUUUACUUCCUGUAGCACAGCCGAGACAAGGCUGGAACAUUUAAUUAAGGUUUUUACUAAGGACUCAGGAAUAACAACAGGGAAAUAUCUAUGUAACUAGAUGACCUGACAUAAAAUCUAUCUUCUGAUUGCAGUCUAUUGUGAGAAUGCUGCUUUUCCUAGCUCCCAGCCUUCCAUGGGGCAGAAGGCUGUCUUUUAAUUAGGAAGAGAGGGAGGACAAAGGAGAGCCUUUUCUUUUGUCCAUUACUCUUAGAAAUGAACAGGUACAUAAUAGAAAAUAAAUAAUUAUUGUUGGUAAUGUUUACACAGCAGUGUUAGAGCCUCUCUGUAGUGAAACAAAAAUAAUGUUCUUACCAAAAAAAACAAAAA